GAAGGAAUGCAGGUUUGUUCACGACUUCUACUCGGGCCACAAUCUCCGUGUUCUAAAACAAUAUGGACUUGAGUAUUUCAAGGGCGAUGAAAUUUGCCUGCUUCUGCUUCAAAAUGAGCCUUCCCUCUUGCCAGAGGUCUGCUUGCAUUAUAACAAAGGUGAUGGACCUUAUGGAUCUUGUACCUUUGAGAAGAUCUGCACCAAACUGCACAUUUGUCAGUACUUUUUGCAGGGGCAGUGCAGGUUUGGCAGUAGCUGCAAGCGAUCCCAUAACUUAAUGAAGUCAGAAUGUUACGAGAAACUGGAGAGACAGGGAAUGAGCUUAGACAUUAUUGAGAAACUACCUUCCAUUUAUAGAAACAUGUAUGACAUCAAAAAUAGCAACAGGAGCAUGGAUGACAUAGAAGAUGCCAAGUCUUCACUGUGCAGAGAGAGAAAAUACAGCUCCAGCCAAGAGUCCUCAGCUACAAAUGAUGGUGAAUCGGAGCAGAUCUGUUUAUAUCACCUGUACAAAAGUUGUGGCUUUAAAGAAAAGUGCAUCAGGACUCAUUUUCAUUUGCCAUAUAGAUGGCAGAUCUCUGAUGGCAAUAGCUGGAAGGACUUGCAGAAUAUGGAAGAAAUAGAAAAAGCAUAUUGUGACCCCAGUAAGACCAGAUUUAAUAGUGUUGUUGCUGAAAGUGGGUUUGUCUUUUCAUGUAUCUGUUUCCUGAAUAUGUGCUGUGGGUUUGCAAAGGUCAGACGUCUGUCUACAGCCUCCUCCGUGACCAAACCCCCUCACUUUAUUCUGACAACAGAAUGGAUCUGGUACUGGAAAGAUAAUUAUGGCACAUGGCAGGAGUAUGGGCAAAAAGAUGAUCUUCAUGCAGCUGCCACUGUCUCCAGUGAUGACCUGGAGAAAGCUUAUAUAGCCAAAGGUUCUUCAAAGCUGAACUUCAAAGCUGGAAGAUAUGAAUAUGAACUAGAUUUUGGAGCCAUGAUUCAGAAAAAUCUUCACAGCACAACAGAGAGACAGAUUUGCAGAAGACCUAAAUUUGUCUCUCCGAAAGAGGUAGAAGAUACAAAAGCCAGGGGCUUUAAACACACAGAAGAGUUUAAGGGGAUUCCAGCUCACUGGGACAAAUCUGCCCUGCCUGAACUGGGAUUCAAGCUGAUCGAGCUUGACAGUUCUUCUGAAGAAUACCAGAAAGUCAAAGUGGACUUCCAACACACAAUGCCCAGAACAGCAAUCAAAAGGAUCUGCAGAGUCCAGAACCCAUCUCUCUGGGAGCUCUAUCAGUGGCAGAAAAAGCAAAUGCAGAAGAACAAUGGUGGAAAGGCUGUGGAUGAGCGACUUUUAUUUCACGGGACCAGUAAAAAAUACGUUGAUGCCAUCUGUCAGCAGAACUUUGACUGGAGAGUCUGUGACCUUCAUGGAACAGUCUACGGCAAAGGAAGCUAUUUUGCAAGGGAUGCAUCUUAUUCUGACAGAUACUGUGAGAAAAACUCACACACCAAGUCCAUGUUUCUGGCACGAGUGCUGGUGGGGGAGUUCAUCCUUGGGAGUUCUGAUUAUGUUAAACCUCCCAUGAAGAACAACCAAAAGUUCUACGACAGUUGUGUGAAUGAUUUUCUUAACCCUUCUAUCUUUGUCAUCUUUGAGAAGCAUCAGAUUUAUCCUGAGUAUGUCAUAGAAUAUUAG